UCUGAAUACACAUACACCGUCAAAAAUUCCCAAAUAUCAUAGAGCGGUAGUCGAACCGCCAAAGUUUCCCAAAUAGCGCGAAACCAUACCUUCACUUUCAUCUCCCGCUCGUUCACAGUUAUUAGGGUUGCGGUUUCUUCAUUGCUUUUGCUCUAAAUCUCAAUUAUUUAUUCCAAAUCGCAGUUAGGGUUUUUUGUUUUCAGUCGAAUUUUUAUCCAAGAACGAAGUUCACCCACAAAUCCACUUGAAAUUGAGAUAUGUCUAAAAGAGGUAGAGGUAAAAGAGGUGUUGCUUCUUGUUCAAAGAAAAUGAGAGAAGAUGAAUUGCACGUUGAUUUUGAUGACGAUAUGCUAGCGAUGGGUAAACAAAAAAGUAAAUUUGCUUCAUGGUUAGGAUUAACAUUGAGAGCAAGGUUUCCAUAUCAUAUUCCUACAAAUAAAUUUGACAAGCAAAGGUGGGAAAACCUUUGGCUGGAAGCUAAGGAUUAUUGGAAUAUUCUAGACGAUAAACCAAAGCACGUUUUCCUCAAAAAAGCCAAGAAAAAUUGUACUGAUUGGAGAAGUAAGUUGUAUAGAGAAUACGUAAAAAUAAAUGAAGAGCCUUUUGACAAGUAUAAGUAUCUCGAUCGAUCAAAGUGGCCCGUGUUCGUUGCGUCAAAGAAGGAAGAAAAAUUUUUGAAAAAAAGUGAAAAAGCAAGAGCAAGUGCACUAAAGAACGAAGACUUUCACCGUACAGGACGCACCGGAUAUAGGGGUUUAAAGGACAACUUUGAUGGUAGAUGGAAACAAGUUUCGGAAAGAAAUUCUUCUGUUAAAAAGUUACAACAUCAACGUUCUCAACUGUAUAUUGCGGGUCGAGCAAGUCGAAACAAACAAACUGGCUUCUACGAAGUCAAUCAUAUACAACCAAAAGUCAAUUCUUUGGGUGGUACUGAGAGUAAAAUGAAAGCUGAUGGUACGUAUUAUCAAGGGCGUGAAGAUCCAUUAACUAGAUGUUUUGGGCCUGAACGCGGGGGCCGAUCAAGGACAGUUUCAUAUGUCAUAGGUUCAACCAAAGUUCACGGAGGAUUGUAUAAAUGUGAUAGGCAACCAAAUCAGAAUGGUGUGCCUACCACUCAAACAAGAAGUGAUGAGAUGAAUGUGAACCAGGAUAGACAAAGGGUGGAUGGAAGCAUGGGUUUUCAUAGUUAUGCAUCGCGUGGAUCAUAUAUAGACCAUCCAGACAUUCAAGAUGUAUGUAAGUGUGAGCUGUUAUCGGUCGACGAUUUGCCGAGAGAAAUAACGAUAGCCAAGGGGCUGGCAUAUCCUACUAGAAUCAGGACAUUACAUACGAAACACAUGAAAGACAGUUGUGUGAAAGUACAAGUGGAUACCGUCAUACCUGGAUAUGAGGACAAGGAUGUCCCUUCAGAGACUUUGGACGAUGAAGUUAAAUAUAUGGAUGAUACACUUGCUGGUUUUAUCCAAUGGCCAAGAAACGCGCUAAAUAUUGUGAACAUCGAGGCACCCCACAAAUCAAAUAGUGCCUCGAGAAAGGCCUCAACUUAUUAAAUUGAAACGAGCACUUCGGUCUAUAUACCUAAGUUUGUGUCGCCUGAAGCCAAUGAAGAUCAACAACAAAUGCCGAUAGAUACUAUUAAUUUGGAUGAUUCGGAUGAUUUUGUCGAGUCUCUGUGGGCGAUACCCAUAGUCAAUCAAAUUCUACGACCACAAAAUGAAGAAUCUGAUCAAGAAAAACAAGCCCGAAAAAUAAAGAGUGCUUUGAAUGCAAUAAAAGAAAGACCUGCAUGGGUUUAAGACAUUGUUAGUGAAUUAGAAAAGCAUGUUGGUAAUUAUCAUUUGAAUCCUGUUCCAAUCGAGUUUUCUAUCCCUGAUGGGAUGUAUCCCUACAUCUUAAAAGACUUCAUUGAAAUUGAGGCGUUGUUACAAGUAUUCGCUAACGGCUGGGUUGAUAUCACGAUCAUACAUUGGUUUGCGGCGCUCUUUUAUACGGUGUCAAAUGAUGGUGAAAGAUACAACCCAUGCGCUUUCUUUGGUCCAAACUCGAUCAACGGUGAGAUGUGCCAACGUAAUCCCGAAGAAGUUAAAGGUCACAUUCUUGGUGUAUAUGAGCUUCACAUGGACAAACGAUACUUUCUUGCACCGUAUUUAGCCAAUGAUCACUGGUCCUUGUUUAUCAUUUCCCCUGCAAAGAAAGAAGUAUUCAUCUUGGAUUCGUUAAAGGGCAACAAGGAUAAAAACAAUUAUCUUCUUUCAAAUGUAAUUGAAGAUGUUUUUAAGGGAACAAAGUUCACAUGGAGUAUGGUCGAGUGUAAACAACAAAAAGGCGGAUGGGAGUGCGGAUUCAUGGUGUUGGGAUAUAUGAUGGAGUUUGUCUAUACUUACCAAGAAAAUUUUCCCACGAACAUUUGGCGAACAACAAGAAUUGCUACACAAAAGGAUAUCGACCAGUUACUAAGGAUCAUAAUGCCUUGGUUUUUAGUGAGAAUGUUUCCAAAUUGGAGCCAUGCAAUUAAAUAGAUUUGUCGUUGGUACUCUUUAUUUUCUUAUGGUUUUAUAUCUUGCUAGAAACUUUUGUUUUGUCAGGUUUUGUUUAAUUAGUGUUAGUACUCUUUAUUGUCUAAGAGAUCUAUAUCCUGUAUAACUUUAUCUUUUGUUGGAUUUGUUAAAUCAGUGUUAUCAAAUUUGAAGUUUUCUUUGAA